AGUUUUUCACACUGAGGGUCAGGGUGGGAUGCUUUAGAGAGUGAGAGGGUACAAAUUUAUUUUUAACGUCGCAUCUUUAGAUCAUUUAUCGACAUUGACGUCAAUGAGUCGAAUGGAAAUCACCCUGGAAAUCACAGCUAAGUCCCUCGUGAGAUUUUAACAUGAUAUAAGAAGGACAAUUAAGGUUUAGUGGCAUGCUGUAGUCAUUGUACUACUCAUCCGGUCCUAUCUUCAGUUUCAGUUUAGCCAUUUCUUAAAAGAGGCUGGUGGAGGCAGGGAGGGAGGUAAUCCACGUCUGGAUCAUUGGGCAGACCUCGCGCACACUUAGUGGCAGCAAGAACAAGUUCCUUCGGCGCAAGGUUUUUCCCUCAGAAAGUCAAAAUGGCCAAAUAUAAGCCCUGGGUGCUGUGGUGCUUUAUUUUGAUCGGUUUUAUUUGCAUCGUUACGCUCUUGUGCCUGUGCUUCACCUCGUUUCUGGGCGUAAGAUGUUCCAGCGGCAGCUUCAAGCAAGCGGCGGUGGCCGCAGACUCUCGGAUUUGCUCGGAGAUUGGCAGGAAUAUGCUUCAGCAGGGUGGAUCAGCAGUAGAUGGCGCCAUUGCAGCUCUUCUGUGCACAUCUGUGGUCAAUCCUCAGAGCAUGGGGAUUGGAGGGGGCUCUAUAAUAACUAUAAGAGAUAAGAAAGGCAACAUUAAAGUCUACAACUUCAGAGAAACUGUCCCACAGUCAUUCAGACAGAACCUGUUACAGGAGUGUCCCACUUUCUUCAGUUUUUCCACAGGCAGCCAGUGGAUCGGCGUUCCCGGAGAGCUGCGAGGCUAUGAGGCAAUUCACAAACAGUACGGGAAGCUGCCCUGGGCCAGGCUUUUUGAACCAACAAUUAAACUGGCUAGGGAGGGCAUCCCUCUGUCACCCUAUCUGGGACAAAUCGUGUCCUUUGUGAAAAGAAACAUACAAACAUCGUCUCUCUGUGAAAUUUUUUGCCACAAGAACAAAACUGUUCUGAGCACAGGCGAAAUCGUAAAGUUUUCCAAACUUGCAGAAACCAUGGAAACCAUUGCAGAGAAAGGAGCAGAGGAUUUCUACACUGGCAAGAUAGGGCAUGACUUAAUCCAAGACAUAACAGCUGCAGGUGGGACCUUGACUAUAGAGGAUUUGAGGUCAUUCCAGGUGCAGGUCCAAGAUGCUUGGACUGUUCCUUUGGGAGAUGCUAAACUCUACAUCCCUCCACCCCCUGCUGGAGGCGCCCUGCUUGCCUUCAUUCUCAAACUCAUGGAAGGGUUCUCGCUGACGCCAAACUCUCUGGUUGGUGACAAGAAGAUUGAGAUGUACCAUCAUUUUAUAGAGGCAGUUAAAUUUGCUAAUGGACAGAAGAAGAGCAUUUGUGAUCCAAAGUUUAAUAACGGCAAGUGUGCAGAGCACUUGAUUGAUCCCACCUUCAUUGAUCGCAUCAGGAAGAUGAUUUCGUCAAACAUGACCCAUGACAACUCUUACUACAACGUCGCACCUUCUUCAGAUCACACUGGGACGACACACGUGUCUGUCCUGGAUGAAGAUGGCCUGGCCGUCUCUGCCACAAGCACCAUAAACCAAGUAUUUGGAGGAAUGAUUUACUCUCCACGUACAGGCAUCAUCCUCAACAAUGAGCUGGCUGACUUUUGCGGGAGAGCAGACACACUGAGGGCAGGCGAACGACCUCCAUCCUCAAUGAGUCCAGUGAUACUGGAGUCAAAGUCUGGGGGUCUUCUCAUAAUUGGUGGAUCGGGAGGAAGCCUGAUUACGCCGGCAAUGGCCUUGUCUAUAAUAAAUCACCAGUGGCUGGGGAUGAGCUUGAAAGAUGCCAUUACUGAGCGCAUAAUCUUCAUCGACUCAAAGAACGACGUAAAUUUUGAACCUGGUUUUGAUGAGUCUGUGUCAAAAGGCUUAAAGGAACAGCUUAAACACAAAACCGGGAAGUGGCAAUACUUUCUCAAUGUGGUCAAUGCUGUGGAAAAGGAGAACAACUGCAUUGCUGCUGUGUCUGACAGCAGGAAGAUGGGAAUGUCAGCUGGAUACUGACCACAAGGAUGCGUGACCUUUCCACUUAUCUCUGCCCUUUAGACUAACUGACCCUUCAGCAUUAAAAGUAACCAUAUGUGCGGAAACACUGACAAAUAAAAGGUGAACAAAAGGUGCUGUGGCUCCAUCCAACUGGACCAAUCAGGAAACUACUCACCUUAGAGGAUAACUCCAAUUUAUAAUUGCUUCAAAUCCAAUCACUCCAGGCUAUAGAAACCCAAUUUAUGUUGAGGUGAAAUCUGCACUAAAUAUAUAAAUAUAAGGGUGUUUAAAUUUCUAUUCAUCAACUACAUCUAUGUAGAUAUUAGGAAAUAGGCACACACAGGUGGAGUUUGUUUCCAGUCGAGCACCAUUGAGCUAUUGCAGAAAAGUGCCCUGAGAUGAUGUAAUAUAUGUGACACACCGUUUCCAGUGAACUUUGCUUUCAUCCAUGUGUCAACCUUUCUACCUUCAGCGGGCGUUGACAAGUUUCUGUAUGUUUCUUUUUUUAUGCAGUCAUUGAGAAUUCCCAUAAAAACAUGAGAUAAGAAAAUACAGUCGCUGUGUGUACCGGGAGCAUGCACAGCUACAGAAAGUUCAGGACAACGUUCAGCUAGGAAAGCGGUCUCUGAAGGGUUGUGAAUGUUUGAAAUGCUCCGUCUUAAGUACAUACGCACUUGUUCGUUUUUAUGGCACUAGCCUCGAUGACAGUAGUCAAAGAGGACGAUGACUUUUAUUGGUUUGUCAAAAACCAAUGUCACAAAAUUCAGCCGGCCACACUGACUGUUUGAAAACUGCUUUUGGUCGACCGCACGGGCCGCCUGCCUCGUCACAGCUACUUUUAGUGUUGCCUACGUGUCCUCAGCAAGAGUAGGGAGCUAAACUGAAAUGUUAAUAUCUGACCAACGGAUACACAAAUGAUCACUCCAGCCACAAAGGUGCUCGUAUUUGAUUUCAUGCACUGUUGGAGAAAUGUGCACUGAGUGUGUCUGCUAAAUCAGUUAUUGAAACAUGUAAUUCUUUGUAAGAAAUCUUAACUCAAGAUGAGCCAUAUAACCUUUUUAAAGUGACAUCCUGGCAGCUUCCUCAACAAGGAACUUUUACUGUGACCUUAAAUGUGUUACUCUAUGUGAAAUAACCUAAUCCAAAAAAAAGCCUCCCCCAAAAAUGUACUUUAUAUAUUUUAACACACCUCGAAUAUUUUGGUUUUUUAUGUUUUAUGAACAUAUUUUGUAUUGUUUGUAAUAAAAAUCCUUCUAAACCACAAACUCUUUCUUUAAACACAUAUUCCUGGUUGUUAGUACAGUAUGAUGGGAUUAAUUCUAUUUGGUGCUUUCCCCUUUUGCCUUAUGCGUUUAUACAGAGCAGCAGUGGAACAAAGAAAGCAGUAAUGAGAUACAUUUCAGCAGAGAAACUUAUGAAUUAGUAAUGAUUUCUUAAGUGGAUUCUGCUCCGUUCUCCUUUGAGGCUCUAGAUGAGAGUUAUGAGAACAUGCAAAUUUUACUCCGUGUGAAGCACCACUGUCUUUUGUUGUAUGACAAAUGAGUUAAUCUGGAUAAGUUGCAACUUCACGACUUUAGUGCCACGAUCUUGCCCUCUUUGUAUAAAUAACAACCACUUAAAGUGAGCCAUCACUUUAAAGGGUGCAGAAAUUGUCUUUCUCUCUCAGAGCGGAGCGGUUAAAUAAUCCUGUGAUGAUUCAGCACACUUUCGCUCACAAAGUCCUUUGAUGAGGCAAAUUAUCUUAACAGUAGUUUGAUGCUUUUAUUAUGUCAGCUUCUGUGUCAUUAUAUGCAUUUGUCACAAUGCCAUUCGAGGCAAUGAGUCAAAUUAAAACUACAUGUAGACUCUGAUAUACACAGAGAAUUGGGAUUUUUUUUCUUUCCUAGCCUAGAGGGUUAGUCAAUUGGUCUGAGUUGCAUAACUUUGAAUUUAAUCAUAUGUGGAAGUGAGACUUUGCUUAAUUGGGCCCUGAAGGAAAAUUUUUAGAUUUUUUAUUUAUUUUUAAUUUUUUGCAGCUUCUUCUCAGAGCAGCUGUAAGCACAGGAGGUAGCAGCUCAGGAUAAUAAAAGUAAAAUAAUUGUGAAUUCAAAUAAAAUUGUGGUAUGUUAAAUGUAAUAUUGGCACACAUGGUGGGAUUGCACUUUCCCCCCAAUUACUGUAACUCUACACCUGCUUCUGCCACUACUGGCAAAACCGCCAAUGGAUGGUAAUGGUUCACAGGUGAGAGAGUGCCCAAACACCAGAUAACAGAGAGCGAUAAAAGUCAAAAAUACAUAUCUCAAAUCUCAGGCGAGAGGUCAUUACAUCAUAACAUUAUAUAACAAUCAAGACCAACUGUUCAGGUAAAACAUAAAAUGUACGUGGAAUAUCUGGAGUGGAAAAAACGAAACAAAAAACCGCAGCACUGUCUUACUCGCCACAGUACAGUCAUUACACAUUUUUUAUAGUUCUUCUAUUUUUGUUCUUUUCUUCUUUUCUUUUAAAAUAUGUAAAAACAAAAAAAAAACAUAAAUUAGGUCAGGUUCAGUAAGAGCCUGUAUGUGUAGGAAGAUAUCUUUGUGAAAAAUGAUCUUCUCUCUGAGGCUUACAUCAAAGAAUUCGAGCAUCAACAUGGAUUUUGCAAUGCGAAUGAGUCUCACUUUAAUAACUACGCGCACACAGACAUUAAAUCAUACCUCUCGGCAGGUAGUUCUCCCCCUAUUUCCCCCUGCAGGAGACAUUUGGCUUUAUUUAUGUAAAAUAAAACCACUGGCUUUUAUCCAGCCUUGAGCAACGUUGUGAAAAAUAGCACUGCGUCCGAGGUUUGUUCCAGGAGCGGGAAUAUUUCAGCGGCCAAACAUUUUUUCUGAUGUAACUGUAACUGUCAGAAUGGGGAUAUUAGCCUGCUUUGUGUGCCCAUUGUAGUUUAAUGAAAGUUAAAGACCUCGCCUCCGCUGUACUGAAGCUGUAAGCUAGUGGUAGUCAAUAUGUUUGCAUGCAGAGAAACAAGUACAAGCAAGUUACAGUUACAGGCAAGGACUUCAAACGGCCUCUUGAGGCUGGCUCCAAAAGCAGUUUUCACUUAUACAAGUUGGCAAGUUUUGGUCCCUUUGUGAGAAGAGAGGAUAGAGAUGAAUUUGUCUUUUAAAUGUUUGAAGCUAUGUGUUACCUUACAGGAGUAUAGACCCUUUGAAAUUGUUCAGUGUCCACAUAAGUCAUCCUAAAGACCUGCCACGUUGGUCACGUUGUGUGCUGCCGCUAACGUCAUGGCACACUCGCAUCCAUGUAUGCUCACCAAUACACUACAGGUAGCACUUGCAGUAUUCUCCUGAAGGAUAGGUGCCGCAACUCAGACAGUACCUCAGAAUGUCCUUGGGCAAGAUGCUAGCCCCAAGUUCCUCUCCGAUGGAUCCAUCAGCAUAUGAGUGUGUUUGAAUGUUAGAUAGAAAGCACUUAUGUAGAUAAAGCAUAGAAAGAAGUGCUUGUAUGAGUCGGCAAGUCAUGUAAAGUGGUCAGUUGGAGUACAAAGGUGUCAUUUGCCAUUACUAAUCAUUUACCCUGUCGACACAGAGGCGCAGCAGCUCUACUCUGAGCCCCUUUCAAAUGUCUAAACUCUUCAGCCUAUCACUAAGAAAGAUGUCAGCCACACUUCAGAGAAAGCUCAUUUACACCACUUCUAUCUGCAGUCUCGUUCUUUCAGUCACUAUCCAGAGCUCGUGACUAUGAGGUAGGGACGUAAAUCGUCAUGCUCCUCUCUCUUUUUACCACAAUGGACCAGUACAGUGUGUGCAUCACUGCAGAUGCCGCCCCAGUCCGUCUGUCAAUCACUUGCUCCCCCCUCCCCUCACUUGUGGCAGCAUCUCAUCACUGACCCAGAGUGAGCACUCCACCCUUCCCUGGCUGAGGACCAUGGCAUCAGACUUGGAGGUGCUAAUUCUUGUUCCCGCCGCAUCACUCUUGGCCGCAAACUGCUCCAGUGCGUGUGAACUGCUGAACUACAUCAUCUGCAAUAAGCAGAGAUGAAAUUCUGGGACGAAGAAAAAAGCAAAGAUUUCCACUGCCAGUGUCACAGCUGGGGUCUUGUUUACUGUAACUGUGUGCAAGUAGAUCAUGACAAAAGUGAUUUAUUCCUCUGGGGGUGAAAAGUGAAAAAGAGAAAAACAGAGGAAGGAAAAAAGUAGCAGAAAAAGGAUGUUUCCAUGAGUAAUUACAGUCUGGUAUCAUAAACACUCACUGACCGUGAUGUUAGUUAAACAGAGGCAUGAAAGUGGCCUUCAUUUCACUCAGUGCAUGACGAGGUUAGUUUACGUUGUGUGGAAACCACAGAAAUCAUGGCUGGAAACGUUAUCUUUAGCUCACUAGUCUGUUCACAGCCUUACAAACAGAUCUGGUCAUCACGUCUGAUGUUGCUGAAUAACAUUCAUCGUUAUAUGAAUGGUACUCGCACCAUCGAGGCACCUCAAUAUUUGAUGCAAGGAAAUGGGCACUAAUUUGGGAGUGGUUUUGUGUUUCACAAUGGCUGCAAUUGGGUUGGGUUCAUUGAUGACAGGUGUAUUUGAUUGCACUCGCAUGCAAAAAAUUGUCUUGCUGAGCCUGGAGUGGUUGCUGGACUACUCUGUACAGGAUGGGAGAACAACAGCUGAUCCCUGUUGAGGUUAUCAGCCUGUGGGGUGUAGCUGAUUUGUGGCAUAGCUAUCCCUGGCCUUGGACUAUAUUGUUUAUCCCUUUUGAAAGUGGGAGAUUCAACUUUAAGAUGAUAAAUAUUGUAGCUGCCGGGAUUGUUUCCCAUUAAUCUCAUUGAUUUGACUAAUGAAUUAUGUUUUAGAUUUAGUCUGAGAUGGUCAGAGUUAGACUCUUGCUACACAAGUUAAACUGUAAAUAUGACUUGUUACUGAUUAGGCUGAAACGUUGCCAUGGCUGUCUGAACUAAGGAAGUGCUAGUCACAUAUUAAUGGGCUAUCCUGUAUUGACAGGUUGUCUCAUUUUGUUUGUGGCUUGCAUUGCCUCAUUUUGAACACAUCACAUUAAGUUUUCCUACAUACGUUUGUAUUAAACUUGGUUGUUUUUUUGCCCUUGUUUUUUAUGUAAUAAAAAAUAUUUAGGCUUAUGUUAAAUUGUAAUUGUUUUGCCCUUUUGUACAAAGUC